AUGAGUUUCAACUCCUAUCAAAAGGAAACCCUUGUGAAGAAUACUGACACUACUCUUGAGGUACCUGCUGAUAUUGCUAAAAUUGAACCCUCUAGUUUGUGUGUGAUGGACAAUGGUGAUAUUAUAUUUGUUGAAAAGACAAUAUUAAAAAGGUUCAAAUCCAGCAGCAAAACUGUGGAAUUGUUUCUCGGUAAGGGAAGUAGAACUGAUGAUGGUGUUGAUUCUAAAAGUGUUGAUUCAACGAGUGCUUCAAUGAAUAAUGUUGUGAGUGUUUUUAAAUCACCUGCAACUGGUGAUUGUGUCUACAUGGAUCAAAAACGUGUGAGGAUGAUAUCAAAAACCACAAAUUUGGUAACUACAAUUGCUGGUUCACUCACAAGCACCAAUACGUCAGACGGUCAGUUUGCCACUAGUGCUAAAUUCUUUCCCAAAGCCUUUACUAUUGAUGAGUAUGGAAAUUUGUAUGUGGUAGAUUUUAAUGUUAGAAUUAGGAAAGUUUCUAACACUACCAAAAUGGUUUCAGCUUUUUCUGGAGCCACUGGAACAAGUGCUUCAACACUCCCAAUAGAUGGCUCACCUGCAAAUACUAAUCUAGGAAGCAUUAGCAGCCUACUUGCAAAAAAUGAUAUUGUUUACUUUACUGUGAGUAAUGCCAUUCUUAAAGUUGUUAAUGGUGCCUAUUAUACAGUUGCUGGAAGUUGGAUAGCAUGUACACCUAAUGCUACAUUUGAGGGCGAUGCUAAAUCUGCUUGUUUUGACCAGCCAAAACUAGUAACAAUUUCAGAUGGUGAAAUUCUCCUCACUGAUAACUCUCUUACCAUUAGGAAGAUUGACAGGAAUGGAGUUAUUAAAAUAGUUGCUGGAACAGGAAGUGAUAUAAUUGACAUUUCUAGACAAGAUCAAAUGUUUCAAAAUGUGACGUUUUUAUUGGCGGGAAUUUCAGUCGAAAAGAAAAAUAAUGAACUUGAAUAUUAUCUCUCAAUUGGAGGUGCCAUCUUUAAAGCAUUUGAAAAGUCAACCAUUUCUGCCAUUGUUAAAAAGAGUCUCAAUUUAUCAUACUCUUCUUAUGAUUAUGGAUUACAGUUUAAAUCAGCCAAAAAGAUUGCACAAGUAUUUAGAAAUGGUGAUAUUUUGAUUAUUGAUCCUGAUAAUCAAACUCUUUACAGAUUUUCCAGACAGACAGGUAUAUUAUCCCUUUUCACAAAACUGGACAUUACAGUGACUAUGUUAUUUGUGGAAGAUCUCAACUAUUCAUUCCUUUACAUGGCCAGCACUAUUACAAGUUGGAAAAUUUACAAGUUUUACCUCAAAACAAAAAGUUUAGAACUUAUUGCAGGAAAUGACACUGGAAUAUUUUAUAAAUUUGAUGGUCAAAAAGCUCUUGAAACCAGAAUAUAUGGCAUUGAUGACAUUAAAAUUCAUAAUCAUUUACUUUAUUACAGAGAUAUGAGUUUGAAUAGAAUUAUGGAAUUGAAUCCAAAUACUGGUGAAUUGAGAAGUUAUUUUGGUAAUGGUGAAGCUCAAGGAAAAGCUGUCGGUGGUAUUAAUGGACAUUUACUUGGUUCUGAAUUUAUUAGAGAGAGUGCAAGUCCUGGAAUAAUGACUUUUGAUUUGAAUGGUGUUCUAUAUAUCAGAAAUACCAAUAUUGUGGUCUAUAUUGAUAAGGAUAAAAAAUUAAGAAGAUUUAUAGGAAAGAAUGGAGUGAGUGGACUAAACCUUUAUUACCCUGUUCCAAUUGAAGAUGUUUUGAUAGGUGGAUCAUCAACCAUAAGGUUUCAUCCAACUAGUGGAAAUUGCUACCUUAAUAUUUACAACAGCACUUUUUCCAGCAUAUACCAAGUUUCAAACGGAAUGCUAACUGAAGAAAUUAGAGUACCUGUCUCAACUUCUGUUGAUUUUGCACUCACAUCGAAUGGAAGUAUUUACUACUUACAUGAUGGUCUCAAAGUAAGACACAAGGGAGCAGGAACCUCAGAAGUAUUAAUUAGUUUGGGUACCUAUAAUAGAAUAUGUCUUUCUGGUAAUGAUACAUUAAUUUUAAGUACAGUCAAUUCUCUUAUAUACAAGUAUAAUAUCAAUACUCGUGUACAAACAUCACUUUCACUGUACACUUGGAAAUAUAUCAGAACAAUUCAUUGUUCUAUGAAUAGUUCUGAUGUUUAUGUGAGUGAUUUCCCAGUGACCAAUCCAGUCACUUAUUCCAUUACAAAAAUUACAAAUUCAUACACCUCAGUGGUUUCAGUGAUUAAAUCACCAUAUCUUCCGUAUGAUAUUGAUUCGGUAGCAUCAAGUCCAAGUGGAGAGCUGUAUCUGCUUGCUACCAAUGCAGUUCUUUAUCAAUUAGAUUCCAAUACAACAUUGGAACCCAUUGGUGGUUUAAAGAUUAACACAACUUACUCGCUUCAACCAAUGAGUAGAUAUGCUUUAUGGUCGAUUGCUCCAAAUGGAGAUGUCUAUUUCAGAGAAUAUGAAGAUGAUAAUCCUUUGAGAAUAGCUUCUCCAAGUGCAAAUAUUGCUACAAUCAUUCCAGGAAAUGGAACGCUUUACAAUCCAACAACUUUGAAUGGUUAUAACAAUGUUUUUGGAGAAGAAUUUACCAAAGAUGGAUAUCUUUUCAUCAUGUCCAUGUUUAAUGGUGAAAAAAUACCUGAUGGAAAAACAUUAACCUAUUCUCCAUUUACAGGUCUAUAUUUCUAUUCUGAUUUUGACUAUAAAUUUGGCCAGACAACCAAAACAAGAGAUGGAGAUUAUCUAUAUUUAACCACAUCAUAUGGAAUUGAAAGAUUAUCUGUAGAUUGUGUGAGAGAUAGAUAUGGAUUUUGCUACCAAGAAGAUCCAUUUUGUUUUGGAAUUCAUUACAAUAACGUUUCAGCUUGUGGUGGUCAAGGAGUUUGUUUCGAUUACAAUUCAUGUGAAUGUGAAGAGGGAUAUUUUGGACAAGAUUGUUCACUCAGAUUAUGUUUUGGAACACUGAGUAAUGAAUCAGAAUUGGUUUGUAGUGGAAAUGGUAAAUGUAAUGAUACUGACACAUGUCAAUGCAAUGAUGGCUAUUUCUCUACUCAAUGUGAAAUUACUACUUGUUUUGGAAUACUAUCAAAUGAUACAAGUGUUUGCUCAUCACAUGGAAAUUGUUCGUCUUGGAAUAAUUGUUCCUGUUUAGAAGGCUAUUAUGGAAUUUAUUGUAAUGAAAGCAAGAGUUUCGGUAAUGAAAAUAAUACCAUUUCUAAUAACACUUUUCAAUCAAACGAAACCCAUAUUGAGAAUACUACGAUAUCCUCAAAUAGUACACUCAACUCUACCAUUUCAAAUUCAACUUUUGAAAUAACCAAUAGCUCACAAAUUGAAAACUCAACGUUACAAUCAAAUAAUUCAAAUUCAAAUAACGUUUCUGUUAUUAAUAAUACAACUGAACAAGGUACAAACAAUAGUUUAAUUUCGAAUGAAACUCUUAAUAAUAGCACAGAUAUAAGCAAUCAUUCAAUGGUCAAUGAUACUCUAGUUUCUAAUAGUACAUACCAUGGAACUAACUUUACACAAAUGAAUAAUGAUUCGACUGUGAGAAAUGACACAAAUAUCAACCUUCAUUCAAAUAGCACAAAUAACUCAAGUAUUUCAAAUAAUACAGUUUCUAAUUCCAAUACUACUGAAGGACGAAACUAUACUCAAUUUAAUGAUACAAUGAGAAAUGAAACCAUCUCUUCAAAUAUAACUACUAAAGAGACACUAAAUGAAACAAGAUUCGACAAUAUGGUGAAUAAUUCUAUAGUGAACAGCACAUUGAAUUCUAAUAACUCUCAAAUAUUGAAUGAUUCAACAGUUUCUAAUAACACAUCGAUGUUCGAAUGUUUUGGUAAAAUGUUCAAUAAUUCUUUGGUGUGUAAUGGGCAUGGUUCUUGCAUUUCACAGAAUUUAUGCAAAUGUCAUGAUUUAUAUUUUGGUGUGGAGUGUCAAAAUAAGUCUAUUGAUCCAAUUACCUGUUAUGGAAUUAACCAGUCCAAUGACAGUGUGUGCAAUAAUGGUGGCGUUUGUAUAUCGAAUGACACUUGUCAAUGCAAGACUGGUUAUUAUGGUACGAAAUGUUCUGUAUUUCUUUUAGCACAACCUAAUUUUAAUAAUUAUGGUAAUACUCUUGAAUUUCAUUUCAAAACUUCAAUUACUAUGAGUGAUCAUGUUGUGGAUUGUAAGAAAAUCAUAGUUACAGUUGAUAAUACCAUUUUUGGAGAGAAUCCAACAUGUUAUUGGAAGAACUCAAAUUUCUUUAUUGAACUCGGAGGUCAACACUCCAUUAGACAAAAUAUUACAAUUAAUGUGAAUGGUUUGGAUGAUUCUGAAAGUAGAACUCUUUAUUUAUCAUUGACUGUGAUUCCAUCUCUCAAUCCUGUGAAACCUGUUGCUGUAUUGUCAUACAAGAAAUUGAUUAGUAGUUGUGAGAUGAUUGAAAUUGAUGCUUCUCAAUCCUAUUGUGGUGAUUUGAAACCAUUAAAAUAUAUUUGGUCAAUUGAAUCAUCUGAUGAUCCUAAAUUGAGCUUUCAAAAUAUAAUUUACACUAAUGAGUUCAAUUCUUCCAUUCGUGUAGAUAAUGGAUCAUCUGGUGUUUAUAUCUUUGGAUUGAUUAUUCAAAGUUCAUUGAGUGGUGUAUCAAGUGAAAAGGAAUUUAUCACUAUCACCAAGUCAACUGUUCCAAGUCCAACAAUUUCAAUAAUUAACAGCAAAUUAUCGAAUGUAGAAUUGAAUAGUGUACCAAUUAUUAUCAAAAAGACCAUUGAAUUUCCAUCUUGCUAUUUUGGUAAUAAGGAAUUCACCUAUGUUUGGACCAAAAUCAGUGGAUCUUCAUUGAAUUAUGAAAUUGACUCUAAUAAUGAUCUUGUAAUUAAAGAAUUCCAAGAUGGUGCGGAUCAGAUUUAUUCAUUCCAACUUCAAGCUCAAUUCGACUCUCAUUCAAAUAGCUCAACUUCAAGUGUCACAAUAUCAACAAAAUCCAAAGAGCUUGAGUUGAAUAUUUUCACAUCAAGCUUGUCAACUUCAGAGGCAACGUUACAAGUUGAAUAUUCAGAUCCAGAUAACUUACAAUCAACAGAAGAAUGGACAUGGAAAUGCCUUGAUUCAAAGCAGGCUUGUCAAGAUGCUUCAAUUACUUCCUCUUUGGCUUUAUGUUCCAAGAAAAAAUCUGAAACUUGUACCAUUCAAAAGUCAACACUUUCAAAAUUCGAUAUUUCCUUAUUGAUUCAAAAAGGAUCAAGAUUUAUUGAAAAAAGUAUUGAGGUAACUUUCCCAUCUAGUGUGUCAAAUAUUCCUCCAGCGAUUAGUUUAGUAUCAGUUUAUCCAAAGAGGUUUAAGGUUACUAAAGAUGAAAUUUUGAGUUUACAACUUUCUGUAAUUUUAAAUGGUGAUGAAAAGAUAACUCUCGAAGAAAAUAUAUCAAGAGAAUGGACAAUGAACGAUAAAUCCAUUGAUGCAUCCAUGACAACCUUGAUGAAAUCUGACAUUUCAAAAACUUCUUCUCUAAUUUUAUCACUUUCUGAACUGCUUGAGGAUACUGAGUAUACACUCACACUCAAAGCAACGGAUAUUAUCAAUGGACUAGCUUCUUUAUAUUCCUAUUCUUUCAAAGUUGUAAAAUCUCCAAAAUCUUGCAAAUGUUCAAUAAGUCCAUCAUCAGGUUACGCUUUGGAAACUUCCUUCUCAUUUUCAUGUCCUAAUUGUCAGAAUGCAGAAGGCACAAUUGAUUUUGUCUUUGGAUUUAUUGACGACAAGUCAGGUGUCAAGAUUCCACUUUACAACUUGGGAGAGAAAUUUGCAACUUAUUUCCCAUCUCCAUAUACAGGUGAAACUUUAUCAACAUUUGUUUCAAUUGUUGACACUGACACUGGUGCAUCUGUUGAAAUUAAAAAGGAAGUUUUAAUUUUAACACCUGUAGCAAAGAGUGUCACAGAAACAAAAAAGAAAGUGACAUUAUGGCAGAAAUAUGCCUCAUCUGCAAGUGACAGUGCCAAAUUGGUGUUCAAUUCUGCAACAAUCUCCAGAACUGCAGAGUUGAUGUUAGCAAAAUUAAAUUCGAAACGAUCUGCACCAUGUUCUAAUCAUGGAGAAUACAAUUCAGAAAGUGGAAAAUGUGAAUGUGAUGAAGGGUAUACUUCUUUGAAUUGCUUGCUUACAGUUGAAGAUUACAAUGCUAUAUAUUCAUUGAGAGAAGAAAUGAUUGACAGAAUGAUUGUUGGUAUUAAUGAAAGAAAUCCUCUCGAGCUAUUGUGGGAUGUACAUUUAAAGAUUUUCAUCUUUGGAUUGGAAUCAAUUGCUGCAAGUUCAGAAAGUAUUUCUUCAUUACCAUUUGAGAAAAUGUUUAAUUUGACAGAAAAGUUAAUUUUCAUGGCAAAUCAAAACACAAAAUUAAGAACUUCUUAUGGAGUGGAUUAUUUAAUUAAUAGUCUUUUGAAUCAUUUUAUGAGAUUAUUAAGAAGAAUAGAAAAUAGUUACAGAACCAGAUUGAUUAAUUUGUUAAAAAUGACAAAUAAGAUUUUUAUGAGAAAUUAUUUUGUUGGACAAGUUGAUUAUUCAGUUAAUUUAUCAGAAUUCUCGAGUGUUGCAUCUCUGAAUUACAGAAAUCAACAUUCAAACAAGAUUAUAUCUCUGAGAAAUAACACGUAUUCUAUUCGAUUUGAUGAAAUAAUGGGUGAUGUUUCUAAUAGAAUAGUUUUAUCUACAUCAAUGUUUUCUAUUAGUGAUUGUUUUGGAAUUUCAAGUUUACUUUCUAAACAAUUUAUCAAACAAGUAAUUUAUUCAUUGAAAAAUAGAGAAGAAUCGUUUUCUAAACAGCUCAAUUUAAUGACCAAUGUGAUUGUAAUGGAUAAGAAGUAUGAAUCCAAUCAUCAAUUCAUUUUCAAUAUGCAGAAUUACAAUUUUACAAAUUUAAAUUUGGAAAAAGUCUCUCAUCAAGUAGAAUCGUUUGAAAAUAGGGAAAUUCAAACAAGGAACACUGUGAAUACCACUUUAGAAUGUACACCUCUUGAGAGCCUAUUUGACAUGUCAGUUUCCAACUGCUCAACCAGAAUCUCAUAUCCAAAUGUCAUUUGUGUUUGUCCCAACUCAGUUUCCUCAAUUGUUAUUCUUGAAAAGAUACUCACAAACACCUUGAUUCUAAAUAGCGAAGAUAUUAUGAAUCCAAUACUGCCAAUUUCAAACCAAUAUCAUUUAUAUGGCCUAUUUGGACUAUUCGGACUAUUGGUUGUAAUAUUAUUGAGCUGUUUGAGUAUAUGUCUUAUUAUAAUUGUUUGCAAAUUAAGGAAAAAGAAAACUAAAAAGAAUGAUAGUUGUUCAGCAUCAGAGAAACAAAUUGAAUUGAUAACAGUUUAA